CUGGAGGUACCACAGAGGUUUCUGGAUAUACCGUUCAGACUGAGGUGGAGCUCAACCAUUUUUGGAUAUUGGCCCUUUUCUUCUUUUUAAAAAAUAUUUUAAGAAACACCAUGCCAAACUGGGGAGGAGGCAACAAGUGUGCAGCAUGCCACGGGACAGUUUACCACGCGGAGGAAGUGCAGUGUGAUGGCAAGAGUUUCCAUAAAUGCUGUUUUCUCUGCAUGGUCUGCAGGAAGGGUUUGGACAGCACCACUCUGGCCAGUCAUGACCAGGAGAUCUACUGCAAAUCGUGCUAUGGGAAAAAAUAUGGUCCUAAAGGCUAUGGCUAUGGACAGGGAGCAGGAACACUCAACAUGGAUCGGGGAGAACGGCUGGGAAUCAAGCCUGAAGAGACCCAGACUCACAGACCCACGACCAACCCCAACCCGUCCAAAUUUGCUCAGAAGUUUGGCGGUUCUGAGAAAUGCGCCCGGUGUGGAGACUCGGUUUACGCAGCCGAGAAGAUCAUGGGGGCAGGCAAGCCAUGGCAUAAGAACUGUUUCCGCUGUGCAAAAUGUGGCAAGAGCCUGGAGUCGACCACCCAGACUGAGAAAGAUGGAGAAAUCUACUGCAAAGCAACAUCUGGAUGCUGUUACCGUGCCCCGCCUGAGUGUUUCAAAGACAGAUGUGGACAGCAGAUACGAUUUUUGCAGAUAGAGCUCAAGGAAACGCUGCAGUUUAUUGAACGAAAUCUAGGAAUGCUACACAGAGAAUGGAAAUUCUGCAGGUCUUCGUUUUACCACAACCCAAAGAGCGGGAUAUUGAAUCGUAACACGUGCAUGUUAAAUAAACAGCUAAAGCUGGGAAAGCAGGCGCUACUGAAAGGACUGGAAACACACGUACACACAGGAGGUUUCUGUGGCAGUGAUUAGAUCUGCUCAGUCACUGGGUCACGGAGGUCAAAACUCUAAGUGCAAGCAACAGGAAAACAAACUGCUUUCACAGCAGACAUCUUGACACAGUUGUGUUAAUGGUGGUUAAAUCCACCUACGAAGGUCCUGUUGGUUCAUAUUAUUGGUUGGUUUAUGGACCAAACGAAUGGUGAAGAAAGGUGAUUUGAAGUGAGUUUGAACGUUGCAUUGUUGUUGGUGCCAAACAGGCUGGUCUGAGCAUUUCAGAAACUGCUGAUCUGCUUGGAUUUUCCCCACACACCCAUCUCUAGAGUUCAUCAGAGAAGGGUCCAAAACGAAGAGAAUAGCCAGACUGUUUUAAGCUGAUAGGAAGGCAACAGCAACUCAAAUAACAACUCAUUACAGCCAAGGUAUGCAGAAGCAUCAUGUACCACUCCUGUCAGCUGACAACAGGAAACUGAGGCUACAGUUUCGUCUUGAUGCAUUUUCAAUCAUCCAGGU